AUGGAAGCUCACAAGAAAGGUGAGGAAACCAAGUCCAAAGAAUGGUUAUGGUGGUUAUUUGUGUUGGUGCUUGCGGGUGUUGUAGCCUCAGCUUCUGUACUCACUCUCUUGAGCUAUUUCAAGCACAUGACCAAGACCAAGCCAAGCGGCGUCCCACAUCGCCCAGGUCCCGUCGUCGCUCAAUAUGCGAAAGCUCUCGAAAUCGCCAUGCAAUUCUUUGAUGUCCAAAAAUCUGGUAAGCUGGUGGAUAAUAGGAUUUGGUGGAGAGGAGAUUCCGGGCUACAAGAUGGGAUUGAUCAGAACUUGGAUUUGUCAAAGGGAAUGUAUGAUGCGGGUGAUCUUGUAAAGUUUGGUUUCCCUUUGGCUUUCACAGCCACAAUUUUGUCAUGGGCAAUUCUUGAAUAUGGAGACCAAAUGGAAGCUGUUAAGCAAUUGGGUUUUGCUCAAGACUCUCUCAAGUGGAUCACUGAUUACCUUGUCAAUGCUCAUCCUUCUCCCAAUGUGCUCUAUAUUCAGGUGGGUGAUCCUGAAUUGGACCAUAAAUGUUGGCAAAGACCUGAAGCCAUGACAGAGAAAAGGCCAACUCUACAAAUCAACACAUCCUUCCCAGGAACAGAAGUCGCAGCAGAAACCGCGGCAGCUAUGGCGUCGGCGUCUCUUGUCUUCAAGAAACUGAACUCUUCUUACUCUAGUAUGCUCCUCAUGCAUGCUCAGCAGCUCUUUACCUUCGCAGAUACUUAUAGAGGUUCUUAUAGUCUUAGCAUUCCACAAGUCCAGGAGUACUACAACUCGACGGGUUAUGGCGACGAGCUCCUGUGGGCGGCUGCCUGGCUGUAUCAUGCAACUGGAGACCAUUCGUAUCUUGAUUAUGCGACCGAAAUAAACAGGCAAGAAUUUGCUAGUUGGGGAAGUGCAAGCUGGUUUAGUUGGGAUGACAAGCAUGCUGGAACACAGGUUCUUCUAUCCCGGAUUAGUUACUUUGGUGCGAAGGGGAUCUCGGUCGGUGAAAAUAUUGCUCUCCAAAUGUACAGAAAGACUGCAGAGGUUGUCAUGUGUGGGCUUCUCCCUGAUUCGCCACCAGCCACAUCAAGCAGAACACAGAAUGGCUUGAUUUGGGUGAUAAAUUGGCAUUGUCUACAACAUUCCAUGGCUUCUGCAUUCCUAGCUGUUCUUUACGGUGACUACAUGCUCACAUCCCAGACCGAAAUUCUCUACUGCGACGGCCAAUCCUACACACCGGAAGAUCUUCGCAAAUUCGCCAUGUCACAGGUUGAUUAUGUGUUGGGCCAAAAUCCCAUGGAGAUGAGCUACCUUGUUGGAUACGGUAACAACUACCCUCAACAAGUGCACCAUAGGGGAUCUUCUAUUCCAGUUGAUGCUAAAACUGGGUGUAAAGAUGGAUUCGAAUGGCUGUACUCACCCAAACCAAAUCCAAAUUUAGCUAUUGGUGCGCUAGUUGGUGGACCUUUCUUAAAUGAGACCUAUGUUGAUUAUCGGAACAAUUCAAUGCUAAGUGAACCAAGCACUUACAACAAUGCCCUCCUUGUGGCUCUUCUCUCAGGAUUGGUUUCCAGUUCUUCUGUGGUCCAAUCUUUUUCAUAG